GACGAGGAUACUUCCCAGCAAUUCCCACAGGGAAUCUUGGAUUUUUCUCCGAGUGCACACUCACGUGACAGCCUAAAAGGUCACUCAGUUGAGCUCCUGUCAAUACAACUUCACCGCCGUCAUUCUGCCCGGCAGUGUGCAUGUACUGAGUGGUGAGCAAGUCCAAGCACUAAAUGGUAUGGCAUGGAGGUUGUCAACUCACGAACAGCCCUUCUGUCCAACUUUGAAGUCCUAACACUCCUAUGCGAGCUCGAUGCUAAACACGUUGCACGAACGAAAGCCGCGGUCCGUACCAAGAAAGAGGAAGAUGCAGGCGGGAAACCGAGCUUGGACUCGCAUAUCGAAGAAGUGUCCGAGAAUUUGAGGACGGUGGAACUUGAGGCUAUCCAAUACCUAUCUGCGGAAUACCAGCCUAUGCGGCAACAGUGCGAAGCUGGGGUCACUCAGCUCGUCAAGGACCUCGCACCGUUCGGUCUGACGAAGGCGGAGAAACUUCAAGUAGUCAAUCUCGCGCCGACGGAAGCGGUGGAACUCUACGUGAUCGUCGAGGAACUGGAGGAUCGCUUAGGCGAUCGGAUGGACCAGAUCCUUUCGGUCGUUUCGAAAUCGCUCCAAGGUAGUCAUAAUGGCACGAACGGUCCUCCUCCCGCGCACACGCUCGAGACAGCACUAUCAGAACCUAUUAUGGCGGAACAUGUCGAGGUAUACGCGGAGGAAGAAGAGCGGUGGGAACAUGAUGACAUCGAGUUCGACGAUUUUGGAGAGGGUGUGGGUGUUGAAGGGGAUCUGGACAUGGAGGAUAACGGAGAAUAGCGGGUGGUACCGUUACGUUGCUCGCGCACAUCGAAAGGCCGUACAGAUGGCUCUGGCAGCGUUCCUACUAAAGGAAGCGGGAAUAGCAAGGGAUAUGAAGCGGUUGGCUUCCCGCCCACACAACACUAUCAAAAGUAUGUUUCCUCUGACUAGAGCUCUCGGAUGUUCGCACAUUAUCUCAGCA